CACGCACACGCACACGCACACACACACACACACACACACUCAGAGUCCUCGCUUUCUGCAUGUAAAAAUGUGUGUGUUCUUUAGAAGCCAGUGGUUGGCUGGUUUUCCGGACAUGAUGUGGUUGAAGCUGUCAUCGUAAUGGAAAUUCACUGCCGUAGCUAUGGUAAAUCGAGUGUUCUGCCUGUGCUGAAUGCAUUAGUCUAAUGAGAUGUUUGCAGCGGCGAGCAGGGCUGCUGGAGACUAGCUGUGAGCAGUAGCACACGGGUGGAAGCUAGCGUGUGCAACACUGGGGUGCUUGUGUAGGAUGCACACAGGUGGAAGAUAACGUGUGCCACACUCGGGAGUGUGUGGAAGAGGCACACAGGUGGAGAAUAGCGUGUGCAACACUCAGGAGCGUGUGGAAGAGGCACACAGGUGGAGGAUAACGUGUGCCACACUCGGGAGCGUGUGGAAGAGGCACACAGGUGGAAGAUAGCGUGUGCAAUACUCUGGAGCGUGUGGAAGAGGCACACAGGUGGAAGAUAGCGUGUGCAAUACUCUGGAGCGUGUGGAAGAGGCACACAGGUGGAGGAUAGCGUGUGCCACACUCGGGAGCGUGUGGAAGAGGCACACAGGUGGAAGAUAGCGUGUGCAACACACGGGUGCACAUACAGGAUAUUACCUGUCUUCUAAGUCAACAUUCCGACCCGAUCAACACACUGAUCAAGCUGUAGCGCUAAAGAAGCGCCUGAGAUACCUCGGUGCUUUCCAAAGAGCGUCUCGUGAAGACACCAUUGUUACCAUCUCUGGACUUCAGAACAAGCGAUUAAUUGUGAGCUUGAACUCUGACAGGACCUCUCUUGCACGUGUGGUUUGCCUUCUCAUUCAGUAAGACUGGCACCAGCAGAGAUGCAGACACAGAAGGUCCCAGGGAGGAAGCGUGGCCGGCCUCCCCUUCACUCCACACCAGCGCAGAUGGCAGUCCGUAAUCUUUAUUCUGCAUCUGCUGGCUCUGUACCAGCAGUGACGAUCCCAAAGAAGAGAGGGCGGAAACCCAGGUACAAGAUCAAGCCCCCGGUGCUCAUGACUCCCUUGGCUCUGUCACCUCCACGGAGUACCCCAGAACCUGACCUCAGCUCCAUUCCUCAGGAUGCAGCCACCAUCCCCAGCUUGGUGGUCCCACAGGCUCUUACAGUGUGCCUCUACAUCAACAAACAGGCUGAUGCAGGGCCAUACCUGGAGAGGAGGAAGCUGCAGCAGCUUCCUGAGCGCCUGGGGCCUGAGCGGCCUGCAGCUGUCCUGCAGCAGGCGGUGCAGGCAUGCAUAGACUGUGCACACCAGCCAAGGCUCGUCUUCUCCCUUGUCAAGCAGGGCUACCGUGGUGAACUGGUGUCAGUUUCUGCUUCCUUUGAUGGAAAGCAGCACCUGAGGAGUCUGCCCGUGGUGAACAGUGUGGGCUAUGUCCUCCGCUUCCUGACCAAACUGUGCCGUAGCCUCCUGUGUGACAACCUCUUCAGUCACCUGCCCUACCCUGGGAGCCUCAGUGCCUCCGAGAAGACCCAGGAGAGAGAGGAUGGAAGGCCUGAGUCAGCCCAGGCAGCCACUGCUGAAGAGUGUCUGGCCAACCCUGUGGGCAUGGACCGCUACAGCAUGGACACCUCCUCCGCUGCCUUUAGCCACAGGGGCUCUUUGGCCCACUCCUCCUCCCAGUACUACAAGAGGCUGAACUCUGGAGACUGCCACCUUGGAGGAGGCCCUGCCACUACCACCAGUGUUUCCCGUACCAACCCUGUGCCCUCGGGUGGGCCAUCAACACCCGGACUGAGGUUCCCAGCCUCCAGCCCCAAGAGGAAUGAAGGCGAAGGAAACAGAUGUGCCUCGAGCCCCUCUCCAGAGGUGCAGGAUGCCAGGCGACCAAGCAGCAGAAACCCUUCUACCUGGACUGUGGAGGAUGUGGUUCGGUUUGUGAAAGAUGCUGACCCUCAGGCUCUGGGGCCUCACGUGGACCUCUUCAGAAAACAUGAGAUUGACGGCCAUGCCUUGCUGUUGCUGAGGAGUGACAUGGUCAUGAAAUACCUGGGCCUGAAGCUGGGACCCGCCCUCAAACUCUGCUACCACAUUGAGAAGCUGAAGCAAGCUAAGUUCUGAAGUUCGCGGAGUCAUCUUCUGCCUGACCAGCACCCAGCCAACGUCACAAGUAGACUGUCUUCUCAAAAGCAACACCCACAGAGACUUUUUAAUGAAAUGUGUGCAUCUUUGCCAUUUCUAACAUUCCAGAUGGCCCCUUUCAAAGGCUCAACUGUGUUAUUGAUUUGCCAGAAAAAAAAAAUCACAAAAGCCUAUUACAUUUAGUGUCCCUGACAUGCUGGUCAUCUUUAUAGGUGCUAUUUGUGUCAUGACAGAGUGGAUAACUGAACGCUAUCACCCACAGAGUACCCCCGAGGGGGCCGUCAAAGUGAGAGAAGGACCUUAUCCUUGGAGGGGCUCUGGUGUGGCCCGUGGCAGGAGCGCCCUCUCCCUGUUCUGGGGACCCACCAGCAUGAGCCCCACUGGAGUCAGCUCUGGGGUGACUGCCUCGCCUUGCACUAUCUGGAAAGCUUGAAGGUUUUUGCUCGCUCAAAGAGAAACGAGGAAAAGAUGUUUUCUAGUCCUAGCUACUGAAGUCCUCCAUUGCUCCACCAGAGGGCAGACUACUAAUGAGAUUUCAGCACGCAGACGGCGGUGGCCUGCCCUUUCAGACUCAAUGGCUGGGCUUCUAUAAUCAAGACCUGGCCUGCACAGGGAAAGGGGACCAAUUCCAUAGCUAGCAUCCCAGAUUGCCACUUGAGAAGGAAGUGUGAUCUGGAGGGUUCCAGAUUCCCUAUUGACUGACCGACGAGGUAAGAAUUUGGACACGACUGUCUGCCUAAACAAAGAUUUGGAGCCCCUUCCUUCCCAGACUCUUGCUGCGGUCUGAGAUGGUGGCGUGCAGGAGAAUCUCAGUGACAUUUUGCUAUGGGCAUUUCUUGAAGAAAAAGAAGGGAGAAGAAAAACUGUCUCAACAACGCGUGAAAUAGGAGAGCCCUGAUUUCGGGUUACGUGGCUGCAUUCUGUAGCUGAGUCUGUGGCUAAUUUUUCUAGUCUCCAACAAAUACACAGACGUGUUUUUAUUGGGCUUAAUUCAAUUUACAAAUAGGUUUUCACUCCUUCACUGUGAAAUAAUAAGAAAAAAGAAUUGAUUUUCUACCCUUUGCAGCUGUGUCCAGAGAGGGACGGAGCCACGGUUUACUGGGCAGAAGGGUGACCUCUUUGCUGCUAUUCUUUGUCAAGUGCUUUCCUUUUGUUUAUUUAGACUAGAGAACUCCUGGGCAAUCCUUUUUCUUAAAGGUGGAUCUGGGGAGGGUGGGGGUCAAGAGUAACUCGGGGUCUGCCACAGCCACAAUGUGAAUUGGAAAAGGCAUCUCCCCUUGGGUUGCAGCCUAAGCGAGGUCUCAGCUGGCAAGGGAGCUGGAGGGGUUUUGACCUCUCAGCUCUCAGCCAGAUGUCCUGCUCCAGAAAAAGAAAGGCGUGGCCACUUGCAUGGAGCCACCUACUGUACGGAUCAGCUAACAUGUAGGCGAAGACCACAGAAAAGAUCCAUGCUGUGCUACGGGACCCACUUUGAUGGUCCCUGUUUGAAGAAGGGUGGCAGGUCACUGCAAGAUCUUUGCUAGCUAUACAGCGGUGGUUGGACUUGAAUUAUGACAGAGAAGGAGAAGAAUGUCCCAGAACUUCCCACUGAAUGGAAACUUGAUCAGGUUUCGGAGGAGCUUGAUGUCUCUUAAUUUUGUAUGUGACAAAAUGACCUUGAAUCAGACCUUGGGGAGAAUCUUUAAGAUGUUAGAAGCAAGGAGCAGACUGCCUUGCGGACUGAUCGCUAGCGCUAGGUGCCGCUGCUCUGACGUUAGGUCCUUGUCUCAAAGAGCGGCACGUAAUUCCUGUCGACAGAAUUGCUGGGUGAAAGUAGGGAGAUCUGGAAAAAUCGCUCAGCUCAACUGUUUUUGCCCUGUCCCUGUAGACUCCUGGUACCUCUUCCAGGGACGUGUAAGCUUCCCAAAUGUCCUGCUUACCCUUACCAGUGGCUCCCUGGUGUCCCCAAGUUAACAUAUGCCCAAACAAGUCAAAGAAACCUCAAGGAGCUUUUGAAGGAGAAUUAGGACCUAGUUCAAGUCUAAUGGGGACUGGAGCUGUGUCCCCAUACAGGGACUCCCAGUCAGGUGCUGUCUUAGUUCACACGAAGCCUUAAAUUAGCUUGACUGCAGAAUCCCAGACAUUUAAGGUUUGGCCAAAAUAUUUAAAAAUUAAGAAACCAAGAAGCCAUUUCAUUAUUCUUGGCAUGAAGGCUGCAAGGCUGCAGAAGAACCAGUGGAACCAAUUCUUCUUGCCUGUUUUUGCAUGGAAUCUAAUUAGCCGACCACAUCAUUGUAGCAAUGCUGCAAUCAUAAUUAAUUUUCAUCCCUCUCAAAAACCUUGUCAAACAGGGCAGCUAAAUAGCUUUUCAAAUGUAAAACAUGCCAGGCCAUUUCCUCUAAACAGACCUUAAAGGUCAGGCCGUGGCGGUCACUCUGGCCCAGAUGGGAAGGACUUGAACUCACAUUUGACAGGGUAGCUCACUCGCUGUUCCAUCUGCCCAGCUUUGCUUCAGGUUGUGGUGAAUAAUGGUCAAAUUUUGCAUAAUUCCAAAUUAAAGAGUGCGCAUGCUCCAAACAUUUCCAAUUACAUUUGUCUGUUAAGCACUUGGAGAAAAAGAAUCGAGAUACUUCUGUUGCCUAAAGCAUUUUUAAUGUUUUAUGAAACACAUUAUUCCCUUUGUGAAGAUUUUAGAUAAAAGUCAUGGUGUGUGUGUGUGUGUGCGCGCACGCACGCAUCUCUUGAUACUGGAGUUGAAAAGUCUAAGGAAGUGGUUGGCAGUGAACCACGUUCUUAAAUAUCUUUCCAGCUUUGUCAUGUGGAGGCGGUGCCCAGUUUAGCCCUCCUCCUGGCUGUUACUAGGUGUUUCCUCUUACUGUAGCGGGGCCUGUCCUGUGGACAGCUAGGUGACCAGAACAAUUCUGGUUUCUAGACUUGUUCCUCUCACGUGGCUGAUAUGACCGGCCAACCCUGAGCAUCUGGAUGCCUGAGGAAAGGGCACCCUGGGGAGCUGCAGGCUGAGAGCGGCUGCCUAAGGUCUCAACCGUGUCUACCAGGAAAGGCACGGACCUGUUUUCUCUUUUCAACCGUGUCUACCAGGAAAGGCAUGGGCCUGUUCUCUCUUUUCAAUGGAAGUGUCAAUGUUAUUUCUCUCUCAGUAGAAAUAAAGGAGCAGAGGACUCCUCAGAUAAAA